UCUUAACGUUUCAAGGGCAAGUGAAGUUUAAAAACAAUAUUGAAAAAAAAUGGCAUUCCACUCAACACUUUCAAUGUUGUUCCCAAAGAUCCUCAACUUUAGUUAAUAACGAAGGAAACGCGGAGAAGCAAUCUUUCAAGCAAGACAGGCUAGAACAUGAUUAUCCAUCCAAACAUGAGGAUGCUUAUAAAGGACCAUUGGGAAAAAUAUAUGCAUUUUACAGAUUUACUCGUCCAUAUGCUGUCAUGGGCACAGGUCUGGCAGUAGCAUCUGCUUCUUGUCUUCCAGUAGAGACAAUCACUGAUUUGUCUCCAACAUUUUUCCUAGAAGUACUAAAGGCUAUGAUUCCACUAGUAUUGGCUAACAUUUAUGCAGUUGGAGUGAAUCAACUAUAUGAUAUAGAAAUUGACAAGGCUAACAACAAACAUCUUCCAAUUGCUUCUGGAGUCUUCUCAGCUGAAAGUGCCAAGGCCAUUCUUUGGACAGUCACAUUGUUGAGCCUUUCAAUGGGAAUCAUGUCUCAAUCCUCAGCAAUUCUCUGCGGCGUUCUUGCUUGCUUAAUAUAUGGAACUAUAUAUUCAGUUGAUCUUCCUUACCUUAGGUGGAAAAGAGAUCCUAUACUCACUGCUGUAUGCCUUGGAUUUUGGAGGGGUAUUGGUAGCUUUAUACCCUUCUUUAUACAUUCUCAGAAAUAUAUACUGGGGAAACCAAUAAUUAUUACAAAGUCAUUGAUAUUUGCUUCAGUGGUAAUGGCUCUACAUGGUAUUGCUGUCGCAACAUUCAAGGAUGUGCCAGAUGUAGAUGGAGAUAAAGAAAAUGGCAUUGCCACCUCUAGCACCAAGCUUGGCAGAGAAAGAGCAUUCUCCUUCGGCAUUAGCAUCCUUUUGAUUGCUUAUGGUCUUGGAGUGAUAAUGGGAGUUUCGUCUUCUUCAUCUUUACUGUUCAAACUUAUCACGAUACUGGGUCAUUCUGGCAUGGCUGCUGUUCUUUUGCUUCAUUCUAGGACUGUUGAUCUUAUAGAUCAAUUAUCCACACAAUCAUUUUACAUGUUCAUAUGGAAGUUAGUUUAUGCUGAGUACCUCCUCCUUCCAUUUGUACGCUGAGAAGAAUAUCUAGUGAAGAACAAGGUAAAGGGGCUGAUUGUGUAUGUCCUAUAGUCUUUAUAUUGCCCUCCUUUCAUUUUUUUUUUUUUUUUUUUUUUUUUUCAUUUUUACACUGAGAAGAAUAACUAGUAAGAGUUUUAAUUGGUAAUGUAUGCUGGAUUUUAUUAUAAAUCCGUAUAUAGUAUUGU